AUGACUUUGUAUGAUGUGUUGUGUGUUCCACAGAGCGCUGAAUUGGGUGAAGUGAAGAAAGCGUACAGGGAGAAGGUCAGAAUUUACCACCCUGAUAUCUGCCCGGCUGAGGAGAAAGAGAAAUCCAGCAAAAUGUUUCUUCUAGUACAGGAAGCUUAUGAGACUCUGUCUGAUCCAAUGCUAAGGGUUGAUUAUGAUUUAAAGCUUCUUUUGAAUCCUAAGUUAUUGUUGUCACAGAGGAGAAAUGUGAAGCAGAAGAACUGGGCAGAGCAGAUUGAAAGUCUUAGAAUGAGGUCGAGGAGUGGUGAGAGGAAGACCUGGGGAGAAAAAAUGCGGCGCUCCAGAGAAGAAAUGGCGGCGCAUUGA